UGCAACACCCCCCGCGCCGAAAGCACCGAAUCUCUCGCUAUCCAUCAUGUCCGACGAGGAAGGCCAGGAGCUUGUCACCAAGCCCUUCAAGUUUGUCACUGGUGGCACUGAUGCCCGUUUCCCCAACGUGAACCAGACCAAGCACUGCUGGCAAAACUACGUCGACUACCACAAGUGCAUCCUCGCCAAGGGAGAGGACUUUGCGCCUUGCCGUCAGUUCUGGUUGGCCUACCGAUCACUGUGCCCCUCUGGAUGGUACCAGCGAUGGGACGAGCAGCGCGAGGCUGGCAACUUCCCUGUGAAGCUUGAUGCUUAAGUGCUCAGAAUCGAUGCGGCAGGGUAUAUAGCAGGAAUGGGUGUUCGUAUAGAUUAAGCAGCCAGGUGCGCGUGUACUGCAAGAAAAGCUGUAGUUGUCAAUCGCAAGCCAAUGGGCAC